ACAACUAGCACAUAUGUGUAAGAGGAACCUUUACCUUUACUGUAUAGUUUGUGAAUUGAUAUGAUCCAGGAAAAGUCUGUUGUUUAUAUAAUAUAGUCCUCCACCCCUAAAUGAUAAUAAUCCUAGUUCAGUUUGAGCAGCUUUGAACAUGUUUGACUUCAUCUCCAUCUGGCUCAUUUAAUUCUCAUGUGCUUAUUGUAUCAACCGAGCAACUUCCUCGUCCUAUAUUCAGUCCCUUGUUGUCUAGGAGACUGAUUAAUUCAUACACACUCUUGUAAAUAGAAGAUUUUAUUCCUGUUAGGAUUCGAGCCAAAAACAGUACUUGUUUUGACAAUUGGUUGGCUAUCUAGGAAAUGCAUUAAUUUAUAGAAAUUGGAAUGGAAACUCUUGUAAAUAAAUAUUUUUGUUCACGCUGGGACUCAAAAACUCCUUUGACGAUUGUUUGGCUUUGGAAACACAGCAAGGGUGCCUUUCCCUGGCAGACUUCGGAGGAGUCUAUGGAUGUAUCCAGAGAUGACACAAACCCACAAUACCAAGGACUUACCGGCCUGCGUAAUUUAGGCAACACAUGUUAUAUGAAUGCUGUAAUUCAGUGCCUGUGCAGUGUAUCCCCGUUGGUGGAAUAUUUCCUCUCUGGAAAAUAUGUAGCCUCGUUAGACAAGGAGAAUGGAGAGAUUGCAACCGCCUUUGCCUACCUGAUGAAUGAUAUGUGGCUUGGGGACUUUGACUGCGUCUCUCCCGAGGUCUUUAGAUUGGUGAUUGGUGAGCGAUACCCUGCUUUCAUCAAGAAAACCCAGCAGGACGCUCAAGAGUUUCUGAUAUACGUCUUGAAUGAACUACAUGAAGCUCUCAAAAAGACGAAUAAGAAAAAAAACCAGGGAAGCUCAUCAACUGCUUGGGAAUCCAGGAGUUGCCUUAGCGAAUGCUCCAUUAUCACCCGACUUUUCGAAGGACAUCUUAGCUAUGAUAUCAUGUGUUUGGAAUGCCAAACCACUACUUACAAAACGGAGAUCUUCACUGUGCUCUCUCUACCAAUACCUUAUGAAUCGGAAUGCUCACUCGAGGAAUGCCUUGAUUGCUUCUUUCAGCAGGACGUGUUGACCUGGAACAACCAGAUCAACUGCUCCUGCUGUGGGAUAAAAACGGACGCAGCAGUGAAAGCCAGCAUAGCCAAGUCGCCCAAGAUGGUCAUCUUCCACUUAAAGAGAUUUGAUUGUCAAGGCAGUUACAAAAAGAAACUUAAAACCGACAUCUACUAUCCUUUAAAUAACCUGGAUUUGUCUCCUUAUAUAUAUCCACUUUUUCGGAAAAACCCAAAAUACAACUUAUUUGCUGUAGUGAACCAUUUUGGAGAUCUGGAUGGUGGCCAUUAUACUGCCUUCUGCAGACACACUCUCAGCCAGAACUGGUACAACUUUGACGAUUCCCAGAUCAACGAGAUCCCAGAAUCCUCCGUGCAAACGUCUGCCGCCUACCUUCUGUUUUAUAGCAGCCAAGCUUUCUCUGCGCCCGUCAAGAACCAGAAUGUGUAGGAGAACCAAGUCGUAGGUUCCGGGAGCCACAUUGAAUUGGCCCACACUUUGGUUGCCAUUCAGGAACAACUGCAUUUCCCCCCACCCCACCCCCCUACCCCUCUACGUGUCUUUGGAUUGUACUGACGGAGUGACGUAGAAGCUGGCCCUUCCAAGCCACUUUCUUUCAGUGAAAAGAACGCUACUCGGCAAGCCUUACGCAGAACAUUGACACAACACCUGCAGUUAAAUAAACUCUUCUUGGACAGCCAGGGUUGAAUGUUGAUUAUUACUGCAGCAUCCACGGAGAACUAGAUGGCUCCUCAUUAUCACUCUGAACGGAUUAUACCUUGCCGAGUGAAGCUCAUAAAAGUUUGGCAGUCUUCCGAUUGAAAAAAAAGAGGUGUACUGUUUAAUAACUUGCAACCACGUCCCCCCAAAAAGCAUUCCCAGAGCAAACGUUAGUUAA